GUAGACGCGUCGCCGGCGUCGCAAUGCUCGGUCUCGCAAUAAUUCUCGCGUUCAGCUUUGCGAGAUGUGCGUCCGCAAUAAAGGAUCCUGCACCAGAUUGGCCCUGGUUCGGUGAGCCUUUAAACAACCUGACAGUUUCCGUCGGACGAGAAGCCAUUUUCACGUGUAUCGUUGAAAAUCUUGGACCGUACAAGGUGGCGUGGCUUCGCGUCGACACGCAGACUAUUCUAACGAUAGCGAGUCACGUUAUCACGAAGAAUCACCGGAUCGCGGUGACGCAUAGCGGGCAUCGUACGUGGUCCCUUCACAUAAAGGACACGCGAGAGACGGACAGGGGUUGGUACAUGUGCCAGGUCAACACCGACCCGAUGUCAAGCAACACUGGCUUCCUCGAAGUAGUUGUGCCUCCGGACAUCCUGGACGAUCCCACCAGUACGGACAUGGUCGUUCGCGAGGGUAGCAACGUCACGUUACGUUGCGCUGCCACAGGAACGCCUGAGCCGACUGUCACCUGGCGUCGCGAAGCUGGUGGUACGAUAAUUCUGUCAAGUUGGCACGAAGUGGCCAGCAUCGAGGGUCCCGAGAUGGAGAUAAUACGUGUCACGAGAUUGCACAUGGGACCAUAUCUCUGCAUAGCGUCGAACGGUGUACCACCUACAGUCAGCAAGCGAAUUGUUCUGGUUGUUCAUUUUCCGCCAAUGAUACGGAUUGAGAAUCAGCUGGUAGGUGCUUACGAGGGUCAAACAAUCGUCCUGGAGUGUCACGGCGAGGCCUAUCCGAAGCCAAUAACCUAUUGGACGAAGCCAACGAACGAUACCAUCGUAAAUGAUAACAACUAUAGGGUCGAGACAGUUACCAUGGGUUACAAGAGUAUCAUGAGACUGACCGUAAACUCGGUGAGAGCACAAGAUUUCGGAGCGUUCAAAUGUGCCGCCACGAAUUCCCUGGGCGAGACCGAUGGAAAGAUUAAAAUAUACAGAAUCACAGCACCGUCAACAACGCGACGUCCAAACGCCAGAAGGGAUUCGAAGAAAUUAUGGAAAGGCGAUAGCCCUCAUGAAAAAGAGAUUGCCGGUAAGGAAGAGGAUGCGAUUUCCGUGGAUGAAGAAAUCGACGAAGAGCCAAUAAAUUUUCAUUCAUCGACGGCCUCCUCCAUAUUUCAUCGACACUUUACGAAUCUCGAAUCGCUUGCGAUGACCAUCCUCUUUCGCGUCGCCUUAAGGCUAUUCUCAUAGAACUGCCAAUACCCGAGACUACGCACCCCCGUAUACGCGGUGCCGUUUUAAAUCGUCCGCGCGCGAUAAAUUAAAUGGAUUGAAGGAUGUACGAAGCCAUAUUGCAAACCAAGCCAGUGUCCAUCAUCCAAUUAGCGUGGGUGAUUAAGGUAUUGGGAAGAUGAGUGAGGUAUCUCUCCGUCUCUCUUCCCUCGCUAUCGAGUAUUAUCAAUUGAAAUCGAUAUCUCGCAAAUCGACUUAUCCUUAAUUAUCGGCCGAUAGGAACGUGUCAAUCAACGAUUCCGUGACGUGAGAAUUCGCGACUCACGUAUAAAAUGUCUUCCAGCGCGGAAAUUGGAUAAAAGGAUUAAAGACUCGAUGUAUCGAAGCAGAUAGCGAAAAUACUCAAGUGUAAAGAUUGCACGGGUCCUCCGAGGGCUCAACCGAGGGACAGCAGAGGAGCGAAAGUAACCCGAUUAAUAUCGUCAGGGAGCGAUCGUAACAAUCGUCAAAAUCAAACGAUAAUCAGUGGCGUGCUCCUAGGACAUUUUCCCUUUUGUUUCAAGCUGCAGUAACUGGCAGUAAAUCCUUUUCACCCGAUUACGUGGUUUCAGUUUAUUCAAGGCUUUUCGCCAUUAACGAAGUGUAACCACGCGAGUGCCUAAAUUGGCAUUUCGCGGUUCAAUAGCAGGCAAAUCCAUUUCGUGGAUUUUAAGAAUUUUAAGCCUACGUUUCUCCUCGACCGUCAAGUUUCGAAUGUAUCGAGGGAAUCGAUCGUUUCAAAUUACGUCUGCAGGGCUUUCAAAAUAAUCGGUCACAAACGCAAUUUAUGGCAUUCGAAGUGGUUAAAGUAAAUUUUUUUUUAUGGUCUCGAUUGAUAAAGUAAAAUCUUGGGUUACGUAAUUCAAUGUGUUGCUUUGACGAGAGAUAGGCAUUCGCCAGGGUGAAUUGAAAAUAUUUCAAUAUUACUUUACUUCGAAUUCACAGCGUAUCGAGCAGGAACGUGUAUUUAAAAAAAAAAUGGGAAAAAACCAUCACGAAAAGUCUUUGAAUAAACGGGGAAAGCCAUUUAGGAUUAACCGAAUGAUAAGCGACCGUAGGGAUUAGACUGAUGGAGUUGAAAUAAAAUACUUGAUCGCUUAACAUCGUAGAAUUGUUAUCGACUGCUAGUCAUACCGAUGCGUGAUAAGUUUUUUAAUUGAUUCGUCAUUGAAUGUAACUGUAAUGACGUUUCGAUCGUACUUAUAUUAAUACAAAUAAUUUAUUAUGCAGCAUUUCAAUGUACUGUAUAUACGUAAACGUAAACGAGGAAAAAUGUGGAUCUGCCGUUAACUCGAGCAAUGCUUAGUAUUCGGGGAGCAAGAGAUUGUAGUAGCAGUGACAAGAAAUAGAGAAAAAUUGACUGAGCCAAUUAAUAAGAAUUAUUAAUGGCAAUGAUAAAUUUUUAACAGAGUUCUCGUGAUCGUUGUCAAAAUUUCUUUUUCAAAUACCAAUUGUCACCUCGAUGAUCGCAGUUACACAUUUUUCUACGUGUAGUUUUAACAUUUAUAGAGAAGAUAUCGAUCGUCCUUUAUGGUUAGAAUCGAAUUGUACAAUAUUUCAUGUAUGAUAUAUAGAAUUAAGCCUCAGGGACGUGUAAAUAUACAAUUGUAACGUUAAGUAUGUAUCUUUAGGUUUUGCAUUUGUAAUCACGAAGACCUCAAUGUAAAUAUGUCAUACGUCAUCGUAUAUUUGGGCAAUAAAUGGUUAGACAAUCGUGAAAAGCA